AUGGCUCUGUUACUGCACCCCACAUCCACAGCAGUGCAAGCGCUGUUGAAAGCGGGCGACAAGGCCCUCGCCAACAUAUGGCCCCAAAACCAGCUCAUCCGCCAGGUGAUGACAAAUAACAACGAAGAGAAGACGAGGAUGCAAAUCCCAGACAUAGGUCUGGUUGUUCGUAAGCUUGCUGUGAUGCACAGAGGCUUUAUACGGACGGUCAACUGGACCUUGCUGGUAGUCGUGGAGAACAAGGGCAUUCCUCUCAAGCAACGGCACGGUACACUAGCCAGCUUGCUCGACUUCAUUGACGCAAAGAUAACGGUGAUGGAAUGCCAGGUCAUGACUCAAGUUCAAUAUGCGUUCAAAGCCGGGGUAGAAUCACUGGACACGAUUGUAGCCUAUGCUUGCAUUGGUGAAUUCUGGAAACUCUUCGCUUUCCAAAAAAGUGAUUUGUCGCCGUUGUCUUCCAAUGAAGAUGAGAAUUAUCACCCUGACUCUGAUUUAUCUGGGGAUGAACAAGGGAUGCAGCAGAUCAUACCUCAAACAGCAUAUGCGAGUACACGGGUAUUGUGCUUACUCAGGGCGGAUGGGACUCCCGCAGACAGUGAUAUAGCUGAGGGGUGGUAUUUGGCGAAGAGGAAUAAUCUGAACCUCAUGAACUCCAUAGCAGAGGUGGAGGUCAUUCCCAAUCAGGUUUGA